CCGCUUCUCUCUAUCAGAUCCCGUGGUCUCCAAAAGGGAUCACACCUUUUCGUUUCUUUUUUUCUUCUAGCCGCUUUUCUUCGGAUUUGGGCCAAGUACAAAGUCACCGCUUCUUCCUGUUCCAUAUCCGACCAAGGACUGCUUUUUUUCUUUCGGAUCUCGAAGCCCUCUUAUUUACCCUGCUGCUCUUCUCUAUGCUUUGACAGUGCCCUUCUAUUUAAGGACUCGUGUGUUGGAUAAAGCAGAUUAGAGUCAUCUUUGGUUUUCACUCGCCUAUCUUCACGAUCAUAAACAAUGGUCAUCAGUGCUUCCCUUUCCGGAACGGGGGCCGUCAAGAGGCCCUCCUCUUCAUUACACGAUGAAUAUGCUGGCUGGGAAACUGCUCCGGUGAGUGAAGACGUCCUAGACCGAGCCGGACGGAGCUGAUCCAAGCGCCAUGUAGUCCAUGGGUGUUCCCAUGCGCUCGUAUCAUCAUAUUUCCCAUCCCCACUACGCCAUGAUCUAUCUGGACAACACGGGCAAAGUCAAGGUCGACGAGUCCGCCUCCAUCCGGGAUCAGAACAUGACUGUCUUUUCCUCAGAGGUUCGCCAAAGGUUCUUGGACGUCCUAGGAGCAAAAAUUGGAUAUCAUCGACCCAUGUUUCGCAGAGGCCCCGGCUUCAGGGAGACAUCAGCUGGCUUUAGCUACGGCGGAUACCAUGAUGACUGGUCUUCUCUUCGUCAGGUCAAGCGCCGCAAGCCCUCUGUCAACGACCAUUCCCUUGACAUGUCUUUUGGCACUCAGUUCUCUGAGCCUAUCCAAGAGCUGCCUCCCUACACCACUACUGACAAGGUUCCCCUUGAGAUUGGUGAUACCGAAAAGGUUCUUGCCUACUAUGAAAGUGCUUUGAAGCACUUCCAGCAGCUCAACUGCCGUCACAUCGCCAAAGCUUUUAUCAAAUUUAUUGAACCUCGCAAGCAGGUUAAGCACCCCUACAAUGGAGGUCGACCACCAGUGGGCUCUGCCCCGGGUGAGAAGGGUGACCCAGAGAAGACCAAGCCUGAGUGGUGGCCAGCGGGUGUGGUGCACAAGGAGCCCGACCACCUCAAGAAAGCUCAACGUCUUCGUCUUUUGAUUCACAUUUUGCGCAAGCUUGGAAAGUACAACAUCACCUCUGAGAAGUUGCAGGAGGUCGCACACGACGCCAAGAGACAGAUCAAGCCUCUGGACAAGCUGGAAAUUCUAGAUGAGAUCUUCAGAGUGAGAAAGUUGGAAGAGCGAUACGAACGGGGUGAAGUUGAUUCCACCCACUUCGCCUACGUCGUCAACAGGGACACGAACCCCAAGCCCGAGAAGGAUAAGGACUCUGACUCUGUUAGUGAGCCGGAUCACAAGUUAGAGAUGGACGAUGAAGACGCAGAAGACGACCUCUUGACAUCAGUGACAUCGGCGGACCACACUGCACCACCCAUGCCCACACCCAUUGACCACAUGUCCAUGGCAGCACCAAGCCGUCCCUUGCCCAUGGGAGGUGAUAGAGCCCCGAUGUUUUCCAUGUCCGAGUCGCUCAGCUUUGGCGACCAACCCAGAGAUCGAUCCUACUUCCCUUCAGAAUACGCUGAUGACUUCUCAACACAAAACCUUCUAAAGACACCAGCCACUUCGACCAUCGUCAGCCCCAACGAACAGCCUGCAGCGUUUGACUAUCUAUCACAGCCAUCCUUCUCUUCAACAACAACCGAAGACUCACUUUCCCACCACCGCCAACCACCUCUACCGGUGCAACAACCAACCAGUCAUUAUGACGCCUGGGCACCAUCCUUCCGACAGAGUGUCUUCGGCUCGGUUGACUACACCCCCAGUCAAGCUCUUGCCCAACCAUCCCUCCACUACCAAAUGCCUGUCACACAUCCACAUGACAUCCCUCACGGUCUUCCCGACCUGUGCCGUACCAAGCCAACCCACCUUGACCCCACUCCCUCUUUCCGCACAGGAUCUUUGAGCCACCCUAAUUUUUUGCACCCGCAUCACGGUAAUUCUGCAUAAUUUUUGGCUUGGCUACCUCUGGAGUAUCGGAGUACGGGAGGGUUGCACAGAGAUGACAUGCAUGACUGUUUAUGAAUGAACGACUGUCGGUCUUGAUAACCGACCGUUUUGCAACCACUGGAGUUUGGACUUGAUCGUUCGCAUAUCGUCUGCAAUCCCUUCAAGGCGUCUACUGCCUCUAUAUUGACUUUUAU